GGUACAUCCCAGCCUGCCUCCCAUCCUCAGGUCACAAGAAUGAGAAGAAGAAAGCCCACCGCCGGGGGGCCUCUCCUGACCCCCUUUACACCCCAAUCCAGGAGGACUACAGCGACCCUGAGAGCCCCCAAUCCAGCCUCUCGUCCCACUACUUCCAGGGUGAGGCAGCCGUCACCGAGAGCUACUCCAUGGACGCCUUCUUCAUCAUCGACGGGCGGUCCCGCCGGCGGGCCGAGGGUCCUCGUCGUGGCGCCCACCGCCAUGCCUGCACCGAAUGCGGCAAGACCUACGCCACCUCCUCGAACCUCAGCCGGCACAAGCAGACGCACCGCAGUCUGGACAGCAAGCUGGCGCGCAAGUGCCCGACGUGUAGCAAGGCCUACGUCUCCAUGCCGGCGUUGGCCAUGCACCUGCUGACGCACAACCUCAAACACAAGUGCGCCGUGUGCGGUAAGGCCUUCAGCCGGCCGUGGCUGCUGCAGGGACAUAUGCGCUCGCACACUGGGGAGAAGCCCUUUGGCUGUUCGCACUGCGGGAAGGCCUUUGCUGACCGCUCCAACCUGCGGGCGCACAUGCAAACCCACUCGGCGCUCAAGCACUACCGUUGCAAGCAAUGCCACAAGACUUUCGCUCUCAAAUCCUACCUCCACAAACACUAUGAAUCGGCCUGCUUCAAAGGGCCGGAACACGCCUGCCCAGCAGAGAACUGA